AAACGUCUAUUUUGCUUACUGUAAAGACAAGGUGUGGAGGGGACAACCGGCAGUAGUGCCAUUGUUUGUGGUCUAGUAACUGUAGGCAAUGUGAAGCGCUUCUGUACCACGGAAGAUGCCUGAGGAAAUCACACAAUGCAUUAUAUAACUUCAAUUGUCGUAUGUCAUCGUGUGAGAUCAGUAUUUGUGCUGGUUGGAUGUCUGAAACUAUGUCGGCAUUUAACCUGGAACGUUUCCGUUUUGAUAAGACCAAGAAAAUAGAUAAUGCCUUUGAUGGAAAUGGUUCUUCAAGUCGGCCAAGCACACCAGUUUCUCUGGAGGACAAUGUGACCAGCAUCCCUGAGACCCCUGAAGCUAAGAGGGCAAGCAACCCUUCACUUUUUAAAAAAGAUAAAGGUGUCAGUUUUCUGGAUUCAGACUCAGAAAAUGAAGAUCAUCAGAGCAACCAGAAAUCACAUACAGGGGAGGAGAAUGGCACAUCCGAUUCGGUAACAGAUGAUUCUGCGGAUGAAUAUCUUGCUGUUAAAAGGGCACCAGGCUCUGCAUUUAAAAGGGCACCAGCCUCUACACAGGAAAAGGAUGGAUCCAAAUCUAAGAAACUCCAUAGGCUUAAGGAAAUUUUCCCUAAACAGAACAAUAAAGAGCUAUUGCAACUAAUUGAAUCAACAAGCACUCUUGACGGAGCAGUAGCUGCUGGAGUAGUUUUGUUUAGUAAAGAAGGUUCAUCCCGAAAGAGGAAAUUAGAUGAAGACAGCUCUCCGGUUCAUGAUGGCAUCAAUGGAAAAACCACAAAGAAAACAAAAAUUGAUGCAGCAUCAGAUGAAGAUAGUUCUCUAUCUGAAGAUGACUGGGAAAAGCAAGAAGCAAGUGUAAAGAAGUUGCAACGGCACUUUCCUGAUUUGGAUAAAGAGGAGCUUAGAGAAGUUCUUCAAGAGCAUGACUGGUCCUUCCAUGAAGCCUUAGAAGCUUUAAAACUUUUUGCAGAAGAUGAGACAGAUACUUUGAAAAAUGCUUCCAAAAAGGAGGUUUCAAACGGAAAAGAGCUCUCCAGAAAAAAUGACCAUAAAAGCAGUGCCAAAGCAAAGGCAAACCAGCUUUCUAAUAAAACAAUGGCUCAAAAUGGUGUAAAGAAAAAAGCAAAAGGGAAAAAAAAUUCUGAAAGUGCCAAAAGGGACACGAGGGACCUAGAGAGCGAGGAAUCUGCCUCUGAGGCUGGAAGUUGCCUGGAUGAGGACUAUAGCAGUGGUGAUGAGAAACUGGAAGAGGAAUACAAAACAAAAAUCCUUAGCUUCUUGCAGGAUGCUUCACUAGAUGAACUGUAUUUGAUACCUCAUUGUUCUCAUAAAAAAGCUCAGAAGAUCACUGAGCUCCGGCCCUUCAGCUCUUGGGAAUCUCUGUUUGAAAAACUGAGCAGGUCUAAUGGCCUUUCACAAGAUCUGAUAUGGGACUGUCAAACAUUGAUAAAGGAAAGAGAGGUGGUUAUGAAGCUUAUGAAUAAAUGUGAAGAGAUUUCACGGACACUGACGAAACAGGUGACAAAGCUUACAGAAGAUGGGGAAUGUGGAUGGAAUAUUGAGCAGCCUUCAAUAAUGUCAGAAAACUUGGUCCUUAAACCAUAUCAGAAGAUUGGUUUGAAUUGGCUUGCAUUGCUGCACAAGCACAACGUUAAUAUGAUUCUUGCAGAUGAAAUGGGUCUGGGAAAGACUGUUCAAGCCAUAGCAUUUCUUGCAUACCUUUACAUCACUGGUGAUACAGGUCCUCAUCUUGUGGUUGUACCUGCUUCAACAAUGGAUAACUGGAUUAGAGAGUUCAACCAGUGGUGUCCUAGUAUGAAUAUUUUACUUUAUUAUGGCUCUCAAGAGGAACGAAGGCAUUUACGCUAUGACAUACUAAACAAAGUUGUUGAAUUCAAUGUAAUAGUGACAACAUACAAUUGUGCAAUCAGCAGUGCUGAAGAUCGCAGCUUGUUUCGGCGCCUCAAGCUUAAUUUUGCUGUUUUCGAUGAAGGCCACAUGUUGAAGAACAUGAGUGCAAUUCGCUACCAGCACCUUAUGACUUUAAAUGCCAAGAGUCGCUUACUACUGACUGGAACUCCAGUGCAGAACAACCUGUUAGAACUCAUGUCUCUCCUAAACUUUGUAAUGCCUCACAUGUUCAGCAGCAGCACCAGUGAGAUCAAGAGAUUGUUUUCUUCUAAAGCGAAAUCCACUGAUGAACAAAGUACAUUUGAAAAGGAGAGAAUUGCUCAUGCCAAGCAAAUUAUGAAGCCAUUUAUACUGAGGAGAGUGAAAAAUGAGGUUCUUAAACAGCUACCGCCUAAACAAGACCAAAUUAAGUUUUGCCCAAUGUCCAAAAAACAGGACCAGCUAUACAGUGGCCUAUUGAAUAAAUUAAAGAAGUCAAUUGAUGCAACAGAGAAGAAUUCAGAACUAUGCAAUGUAAUGAUGCACUUGAGAAAAAUGGCUAACCACCCUUUGCUACACAGGCAGUAUUAUACAGCAGAGAAACUAAGAACCAUGUCUAAACUAAUGCUCAAGGAACCUACUCACUGUGAAGCAAACCCAGAUCUCAUCUUUGAAGAUAUGGAAGUAAUGACAGACUUUGAGCUACAUAGACUGUGUGGGGAAUUUACCACACUUUCACAGUAUAAAUUAGAAAAGGAGCUGAUACUGGAUUCUGGGAAAUUUAAUAUACUGGAAAAGCUUUUAUCUGAUAUUAAGAAAAAGGGAGACAGAGUUGUAUUAUUUAGUCAAUUUACCAUGAUGUUGGAUAUUAUUGAAGUUUUCCUGAAGCAUCACCAGCAUAGAUAUAUCAGGCUGGACGGGAAAACGCAAAUAUCGGAAAGGAUACAUCUUAUAGAUGAGUUUAACACUGACAUGGAUAUAUUUAUAUUCCUUCUGUCAACCAAAGCGGGGGGACUUGGGAUCAAUCUGACGUCCGCAAACAUCGUCAUUCUCCAUGAUAUAGACUGCAACCCUUACAAUGACAAGCAGGCAGAGGAUCGAUGCCACAGAGUCGGCCAGACCAAGGAAGUAAAAGUGAUCAAGUUGAUUGGCAAAGGAACCAUUGAAGAGUCAAUGCUGAAAAUCAGUCAGCAGAAAUUAAGGCUUGAACAAGAUAUGACAACUGUAGACACAGGAGAUGAAGGGACCAUCCCUCUGGACAUGGCUACUUUACUGAAAACAUCCCUAGGUCUUUAAUGAAACGGCAAGUCUGCUAUGUUCCGACACCAGAUAUAAAGUAGCAGAUGAAGCCAGUCGUUUUCUUCCUACUGACUUUGCAAUUACUGAAAAUUUGUACUUUUUUUUUUUUUUGUAACCAUUUGAUAUUAAAGCUGCUCCAAUAAAUAAACCUUCAGCUGUUUAACAAAGCUGAGCUGUUCUGACACAAGAUGUACAUUCUCUUCCCAGCUGCACUUGGGUGCCAUGUUUUUCCGCACUUUCCGUAUGAGAAAUGGGCACAGACCCUUUAGCGCUUAUAUGGUGGGUAUUUUUGUACUGCCAGUGCUUUCCUACCUCUGAUGCUCUCGGCUGUAUCCAGGGAAUAACGUAUAUUUUUAUCAAGACGCUGAUGCUGGCUUGUUUUUUUUUUUUUUUCCCUGUUACGUUGGUUAGAAAAGUUCAAGGAAUAAUAAAACGAUCACUUGAAAUUUAGUUUAAGAAAUGUUUUUUUUUUCUUAUUUGUAAACUAAAUACAAAAAAAAUAAAAUAUUUGUAACCUG